AUGGGAGGAACAAAGCGCAUGACCAAAGACGAAAAGCGAAAUGUGAUCCUCGGUUUGUAUCACAAGACGCAACAAGUCUACACCGAAAAGGAAAUGAUCACACUUGCCUCCAAGGCUGGCAUCAAUGCUCAAACUAUUCCUGAUAUUCAUCAGUCAUUGGUCGACGAUGCCUUGGUGGAGAAGCAAAAGAUUGGCGGUACCAACUACUGCUGGAGUUUCAAGUCCAAGAAGGAUCGAAUGGCCCAAAAGCAACACAAGGCAACCUUGGAACAAAUUGAAGCUCUGCAACCCAAAGUCGAAGAAGCCAAGGCCAGAUUGGCCGAUGCCAAGCGUGGUCGCGAAGAAGUCGAAGUAGGAGAAGAUGGAGGAACGGAAGAAGAUACUCGAGCUGCCAAAUUGGCCAAACUUUCCACUUUGGCCCAGACAAAGGCAGCAUUGGAACAACAACUGCAAGCCUUGAAGGAGAACGAUCCCGCCGCCUUGGCCAAUUUGGAAAAGGAGUACCAAUUGGUGCGAGACGCCGCAAACCGCUGGACCGAUAACAUCUUCGAGUGCAAGAGCUACCUUGUCAAGAAGAAAGGCAUGGACAAGAAGGAAGUGAAUAAAAUUUUGGGCAUUACUGCCAACUUUGAUUACCCAGAAGAAAAAUGA